GUCAGAGAGCGACAGAGGGAUUGAGCAAGAGAGCGAGAGAGAGAGUGAGGGAGUGUAAGUUUGUGUGAGGUGGAACAGAAGUAUGUGCCGGAAGACAUGAGUAAGAGUAAAUGUUCCUGAGAGUUGUAGCCGUGGUGCCUCUGAAGAGACUGGGGUUCCAGUGCCCCGCUUCAUCUUCCCUCAACUGCCAUGAGACAUGGACUGGACCCUAACAGAACGCCAACCGCAGAAAGACCUGCAGCCAUGUCUGGAAGCUUUUGUGGCGUCCUUUGAGAAGAUCAUCGAUGUACAGUCCCUGGAGCCACGCCGUCUGGAGGAGUGGAAUGCUGAGGUGCCUGUCGUGCCGCGAGAUUUUCUCGUCUUCCUGGGAACGCAGCUAUGGCACAGCGUCCUGCACCUGUCCGGUCAGGCGCAAAGCAACAGCACGCCUCACCCACUGCUCCUCAUCAAGUUCUUCAUCAUCACCUGCAGUUCAGAAUUACGCAGACACCGGUUCCUUUAA